AUGUAUCGCCGCCACACCGACAACGGAGAGGGCAGUAGCCGCCGGGAGAAUCCCCCUCGACGCCCUACCCGUAUCACAGUCGUCAUCCGAGACGAACCAGUUGACGGACCUCCUCCACACAUUGAGAGGGAAGAGAGGAGGCACCCAUGGCCCCCUCUCCGAUUCCCUCCCCCGAUGGUUAGAUGGGACCUACCCUCAAGACCCCGUCCGCCAGUUCCCCCUCCGAGGAGGGAAGGACUCUGGGCCCGCGCCCAGGAGCUCCUCGGCCACAAUCGCCACUUCCUCGAUCGUAUCGACCGUGAGGUUGCUCUAGACCGGCUAGAGGCCCGUCAAGCCGAGCGUCGAGCUCAGCGGGCUCAGCAAAAUAGGCAGGAGGAGGAGGCUCGGCGGGAUAGGCACGAGCAGGAGAGGAGGCAGGAAGUGGAGGCCGAGAGGAGACAGGAAGAGCACCUAGAACAGGUAGCUAGAAGAGACGAACGAAACCGCCAACACGGCGGUAACGUACCGGCCGCCAGGGCCAAUCCCGUCGAAGCGCGCCCAACGCCCGUCAACAGACUUCCAGGUCCCCAGGUACCGGCACCAGUACCGGCAGCCCCAGUCGCCACAGCCACCACAGUCAACGCUGCCACGGCACCAGUCCCAGAGCCCAGUGUCGACGGUGACGACCUCGUCCCCUGUGCGGUCUGCGCCGAGGAGUUUCCACGCUCCCAGGUCCUCACAACCUCCUGCGCCCCAGAGCCGCACCAUUACUGCGGCCAAUGCCUACAGUCGUUUUUCAGAAACGCCAUGGACCGCAACGUCUGGCGCAACGCUGACACCUUUCCCCCUACUUGCUGCGGCAACCGCUUCUACAUUCACGCCAACGAGCUUGGAAACGAGAACCCUUCUCGGGAAGUCCGAGCGCGCAACGAGCGCUUCCGCCGGCUGCUGGGCGUCGAGAUGAUCAGGCAGUACAUUGCUCGUACUGAGCAGGUACGCAUGGAGAGGGAGCAUACGGGCACGCGGUGCUCGAACGUGGACUGUGGCUGGCUAAUCCCGGAGCGGUUCACGGGCGUCGAAGGUCGCAGAGAGACCGAGGCCGUAUGCCACCACUGUCGGCAGGUGACCUGUAUCAUCUGCGAAGGCAGGGCGCACCGAGCCAGGUACCAAGAACGUUGUCCUGGCCACAGAAGAAGGACAGAGGAGCAGCAGCAGUUGGAGGAGCAGGCCGAUCGGCAGUUCAGACAAUUGAGGCGGGACGAGGCCUGGAGGACCUGUCCAACCUGCGACAUGACCGUCGAGAGAGAUGGUGGCUGUAACCUGAUCAAGUGUAUCAAGUGUAAAACAUACUUCUGCUAUCACUGUCUACUCAUUCACCCUAACGGGCACGGUGAUGGGCCACUGUGCGCUUGCCCCAUCUUUGACCUUCACGAGCCAGAGAGGCGGAUCCGAGAAAGACGGGCAGCUGGUAUUCCGGACCAUGUGGCUGAAGGCGAGGAAGAUGAGUUCUUCCAUGGCCGUAACCAUCAGCAUCGCCAGCACCAGCGCCACCACCCCGACCCGGGCCGCCACCGUCAUCGCCGUCAUCGCCAUGAAGACCGCUUCUUCGACCACAUCCCCGAGGAUGAUGACUUCUUCCAUGGCGGUGACCAUCGCGACAUUCUCGACGACGCCCCCGAGGAGCUCCUCAACCGACCCAUCGAGGUGGAUAGCGACGACGACAUCGAUCCUGAAGAUCUUCGGUUUAUCCUCGAUACUUUGGCUAGAGGUAGGAUGCCUCGGUAG